UAAUUCUUUAUACUUCUGUUCCUCUUUUGAGACCAUUUUCACUACUUAGCCAAACAUGGGAGAUCGGCUUCGACUCGCUGUUGGAGUUAUGGGCAAUGCAGCUUCUUUGUUGCUUUACGCUGCACCCAUAUUAACUUUUGCAAGAGUGAUAAGGAAGAAAAACACAGAAGAGUUUUCAUGUGUUCCUUACACUAUUGCCCUGUUGAAUUGUCUCCUAUAUACAUGGUAUGGACUGCCUGUUGUGAGCUACAAAUGGGAAAACUUCCCUGUUGUCACCAUCAAUGGCUUAGGGAUCAUUCUUGAGCUCUCCUUUGUUCUUAUUUAUUUUUGGUUUUCCACUGCCAGAGGAAAGAUUAAAGUCGCUGCUAUAGUGAUAGUGGUUAUUAUAGGGUUCUGCAUCACUGCAGUAAUCUCAGCUUUUGUGUUACAUGAUCACCAUCAUCGCAAGAUUUUUGUCGGAAGUGUUGGACUGGUGGCUUCUGUGGCAAUGUAUGGUUCUCCAUUGGUUGCUGUGAAGCAAGUGAUACUGACAAAGAGCGUAGAGUUCAUGCCAUUCUACUUGUCGUUUUUCUCGUUCCUCGCGAGUUCACUGUGGAUGGCUUAUGGACUGCUUGGUCAUGACCUCUUUCUUGCGAGCCCGAAUCUGGUUGGUAGUCCUCUGGGACUUCUUCAACUCAUUCUCUACUGCAAGUACAGGAAAAGAGGAAUCAUAUUGGAAGAACCAAAAAAGGGGGACUUAGAGAAGGAUAAUGAAGAGAAAUCCCAGCAAUUGCAGAUUAUGAUUAAUGACAGUAAUACCAAUGGAAAGAAUUGAAGACCUUGAUGGCUUGGAGGAAUAAAUUUCAGUAAAUCUCAAUGGGGGCAAGUAGAAGCAACUGUAAUUAAGUUGCGAAAAAUGUCCUCUUUUGUUGGUAAAAAACUUGUCUUGUCAAAAAAAAUAUAAGUAUAUGUCUU